AAUAGCACCGUGUCCACAAGAUUCUUAGAGCUCGGCAACCUUAUUGGGACCUCAACUUCUACAUUAAUCUUUCCACCAGACAUCAGCUUCCAUGAUUUUCUGCACUCUAUUCUGAGGUGACCAAUUCUGUUCUUCUUUUCUCGCAUAAUAAAGUAAUCAAUAAGCACAUAAACCUUCGAGGACAUGGCAUCAGCCUUGUCCACGACCAGUGUGCUUUGCUGGAGGAAUCCUCAGCACAUGCAUAUUAUCUCACCCUCUUCACAGACACUUCAAAAUGGAACUCUAAGAACUGUAGCUGCUUCAGCCUCAAAAGAUAUCAGCAUAGAAAGUGACAAGUGUUCCUCUUUGUUGGUGAACAGAAGAACAAUUUUGGCUUCUGGGGUUUCCUUGUUGUCUUUCCCGGGUGAGAGUUUGGCUGUGGUGAAACAAGGCCUUCUAGCAGGGAGAAUUCCUGGCCUGUCCGAGCCAGAUGAACAAGGUUGGAGGACCUAUCGCAGGCCGGAUGAGAAGUCAGGAGGACAUGGUGUUGGAUGGAGUCCUAUUAUUCCAUACAGCUUCAGAGUGCCUGAAGAAUGGGAAGAGGUACCAGUAUCAAUAGCAGAUCUUGGUGGCACAGAGAUAGAUUUGAGAUUUGCCAGCUCUAAGGAAGGACGUUUGUUUGUCAUUGUUGCUCCUGUUCUUAGAUUCUCCGAUGAUCUUGGUGACAAUGCUACAAUAGAAAAAAUUGGACCUCCAGAGAAAGUGAUCAAUGCAUUUGGUCCAGAAAUGAUUGGGGAAAAUGUAGAAGGGAAGGUUCUGAGCGUUAGUGCAGCAGAACAUGAAGGAAGAACUUACUACCAGUUUGAGCUAGAGCCUCCCCAUAUUUUCAUUACUGCCACUGCAGCUGGCAACCGCUUAUAUUUGUUUGGAGUAACAGGCAGCGGUCUUCAGUGGAAGAGACACUACAAUGAUUUGAAGAAGAUAGCUGAAUCUUUCCGGGUUGUAUAACUAAAAUCUUCUGUGAACCCAGAGCUAAUUGAAAUGCAGCUUUCUAUAUUUGUAGUGUAGUACAACAAAGAGGUUGUUUCCCACUACUUUGUCUGACUGGGAUUUAUGUGAAUCAAGAGAUCAUAUAGGCAAAAUCUUUGUACCUUCAAUAUACCAAACCAGUCGUGUUAUAUUUCAAAGUUGCUGUUCUACGUUCUAAGUACACAUCAAAUGCUAUGAAAUUUUAUAGUGAUAAUUAAGAAGCUUGGUUACAUAA